CCACACUCCUCCCCAGACUCCUCCCUAUUUCACAGCUCCUCCCACGGCUGUGUUCCGUGAGAUGCCUGGCGGACUGGGUUACGCCGGUUAGACAACAAUAUGGCUGCCUUAGCAACGGGCUUGUGUGAGACAGAAUGUGAGGAAUCCGCGGUACAGAAUGAAAGCAGUUUUAGCCACGUUGGUGGGGAGAGAAACUUUCCUACUCAAACCUGGAAGAUAAAGGCUGAUCAGGCGAAAAAAGCCGAGUAUUUCCGUGAAUUAGAAAAGUACAAAGGCCAGAUUGCAAAUUUAGAAAAAGACAAAAAUGGGAAUCUGUACAGUAAGAAGAAUGAUUUUCGGGCAGAGUACAGCGCCCUUGAAGAAUACGAGCAAAAAUUGGCGUGCAGCAGGAGAACAGAAAAACUUAAGACGGAACAGCAGCUUUCAAAAAUUCAUAAUCAUGUUAAAAGACUGCAGCGGCAGCUUAAAGAUGUGAAACCAACUCCAGAAUUUGUCGAGAAGCUUAGAGUUAUGAUGGAAGAAGUAGACAAUGCUAUCUGUACUUUUAAAGAAGAACAGCGAGUAACCUAUGAAGAGCUUUUGAAAGAGGAGAAAACUACAAGCAACGAGCUGAAUGUACUGGAGAAAAAAAUCGAGGCAUCAUUAAGUACAGCACCAGAGAAGACCUUCAGAGCACCAAGUGGUAAAACACCAGCAGAGAAAAUGACAUCACGUCAACUACCAGAAGAAGUGGUGGAAUUUGAAAGGUUUCUGCAGCAGACAGGGGGGCGUCUAGGAGGGUGGGAUGAAUUUGACCACCAGAGUUUUCUCAAGGUGUGGACAAAGCACAAGGGCAAGGCUGCUUAUCUAGAGGAGGCCUUGGCUUAUUUGCCUAGCAGGACAAGAGAGGAUGUUCAACAGCAUGAGACCUGGUAUCAGGAAUUUCUCUUUUUGGAGGAGAAAAAGAAAGAGGCUAUUCAUGCAUGGAAGACCAAAAAACAGCUGGAAAAGGAGAUAUCAAAGCUUCAAAUCAAAACAAAGGAGGUUAAGGAGUUUAAUCAGCAGAAACAAGAAGAAUCCCAAAAACAGAAGACGGAGGAGGAGAAACGCAAGAAGCAACAGGAGUUGGAGGCUUGGAAGAGACAGAAGGAGAUAGAUGCAGCUGCACAAAUACAAACCAGAUUAGAAGAGGAAGAGGAGCAGCUCAAGAAACAGAGAAAGGAGCGCCAGCGCCAGCUUGAAGUCAAGCUUUUAGUAGAAGAGCACACACGAUUUAGGAAAGAGAAGGAGGAGUUUUUGUGGUUGGAAAAACAGAUGCGAGAGGAGGCAGAACAAGAAGAGAGAAGGAGAAUGGCAGUGUUUGAAAUAUGUAGAUUCCAAGACAGGGAUCUGAAAAAACUUGAGGAAAAAGCUCAAGAGAGAAGAGCAAAGGAAAAAUCUGAAGCUGAAAAGGAGAGAAGACUGGCCAAGUUAAAAGAAAAGGUCCAGGUUCAUGUUGAGCGAGAUCCUUCCAGGCUGUGUAAACUCACUAAGGGAUGGGAGGAGAGGUGCAAAGAGAUUGGACCAAGUGGAUCAGCUCCAUUACAGCACAUUCCUCACCGGGCUGUUCCCACAUGGAGACAAGGUUUAUAGACGGAAUUAGUCAUUUUUAUGAUACUUUUUAAAAUUAGAAGCUUGUGGCAUUUGAAGACUGGACUGGAAGAAGGUCACAUCUAAACGUGUAUUCUUUUAUACUUUGUAUAGAAAAAGACCUUUUGAGACUCAAAAAAUUGUAAAAUGCUGGUAUUUAUAUAUUGCACUAGGUAUAUAUUAAAGGGGAACUAUCGCAAAAAUGAAAAUGUAAUAUAAGCUUCAUCAAACUGAAAUAAGAAACUUUCUAAAUACAAUUAAUUAAAAAUUCGGUACUAUUUC